AUGAAUAAUUCAGAUGAUGAAAAAAUAGAAAAACUCGAACUUCAUAUUGCUUGUCGACCAGAAGACGAUUUUAGAGACAUUUUGGCAUAUGCUGAUAAACGUAAAGGAAUAGUAUGGACUCCCGAAGAAGAAGAAAUUUUGGUUGAAGGUCUAAAAAAGUAUGGUAAAGGACAUUGGAAACAGAUACUAGAUUCGUUUAAAGACGAUUUAAAUCCAAAUCGUCGUAUGAAAGACUUAAGUGAUAAAGUUAGAAUAUUAGAAAAACAAACGACAUAUCAAAAAAGAUCUAAGCAAGAUUGGUGGGAAGUGGAUCAGAAUAAUAACCCAGUUUGCAAAAUGGGAGAAAAAGUUAUUUAUAGAGCCAAGUUGCCUUACGAAGCAGCUUUUAAAUGUGCAUAUACUAAGAAUUACACAUCAGGAGAAACAAAAUAUAUAAAAAUUUGUUAUGAAGAAGCUGGUAAAUUUUGGUAUCAUUUGUAUAUAGCAACAUAUCAUAAGAAUGAAAAUGCCAGAAAUCGUAUUAAAGUAAGAAAAAUUUCUGGUCAGAGUCCAUAUAGAAAAGAUGGUAUGUAG